AUGAAUUCGACGCGUCCGGCGCCAAUCGCGCAGAGGUUCCCAGAAGCGUCUUCGCCUUAUGAUAGUGAAAUAUUCCAGUCGCAUUCCGCUCGCCUCGAGCCCUCGCCGUUGCCUUUACAACCCAUCGAGAACGCCUCUUCGACUCCGGAUUACGUUUUGAACCCACCAUCCAGCGUGCCGAACAAGCCAUCCCCACGAAAAGCGCAUCGCAGGUCUAGCCUAGCGCAGUCUGGACGGGCCAAGCUGGGGUUUGUUUCGAUCACUGCGCCGACCCCUCCAAUGUUCACCACCGAUUCACCCACCAAAAAGCCCCCCUUUAACACAUAUUCACAUUCUGCUAUUCCACCAUCGUCUUCGAUGCCGCAAUCUGCUCUUUUCACAACCUUUUCCAGUGUUAACCCCGAGAAGGCGCCUCCAAGAGACAAUCAACCGACGAAUGAGCCUCUGAAUGAUAGUUUCGCCGAUUUCCCAGAUCCUUCCUAUGGAGCAAAAGUUCCUUUGAAAAGAACACUCAUGGAGGCGGCACCUUUGAAGGAGCGAUCAGCGAAGAAAUUGAAACGGGAGGAUGUCAUCUCGAUUUACUUGCCGGAGCCUCAUGAAAUGCCGCCCAUUGAAGAUGAUGGCACGAAGCCACCGUACAGCUAUGCGACGCUGAUUGGGAUGUCUAUUCUACGCGCGCCUAAUAGACGACUGACUUUGGCGCAGAUAUACAAGUGGAUAUCGGACACGUUUUCAUACUACAAGAACAGUGACCCGGGCUGGCAAAAUAGCAUUCGCCACAACCUCAGUCUGAACAAGGCAUUUAUUAAACAAGAACGACCGAAGGAUGACCCAGGCAAAGGAAAUUACUGGGCAAUUGAGCCUGGAAUGGAGUCACAGUUUUUAAAGGACAAGCCUUUGCGCCGUGCAACCAUGUCAAGCCUUCCCCUUCCUGCUGCCCCCCAAAGAGAAUCGUCAUCUCUACCACAGAAUACUGGUACAGCUACCUGGGUAGUGCCGCCGCCUCCGAUUCAUUCUACCGCGUCAAAGCCAUCCCAAAAUGUGGACUUGUCCUCCGACGCCACGCUUCCUGCUUCCGACCCUGCUCUCCAGGAAGAUACCGGCGACGAAAGUGCCAAUGCUGUUGUACCACAGGGCCGCCCCCCACGCUCUUCCCCACCCCCACCAAUUCACUCAUCCCCUCCAGUUGCUCCGCCGCGCUUUACUCGCCCAGGCACUCCUCCUACGCCCUCCCAAACCGUUGCAUCAUCUGCCAUUGUUCCUCGGCCUAGAAAACGCAAAUCAGCUGCAAUGAAUGAUAGCGGCUACUUCUCCUCCCUCGAGUCUUCAGCGAUGAGGCCAAAUAAAGCAAGUCAUAUCCUAACAUCGGACCUGGAUAUUGACCCGCCACGGAUCAAGCGUGGGCGUGCCGAGGAAGAAAUCGCCCGCAUCCGAAGCUCUUCGCAUGACAUCAGUCCAAGCCACUCUGGUGCGCUCAAAGAUUCAGGCUUGAUUGUUGGAUCCUCACCUCUUCGGGGUGAAUACGUUAGCAUGCUGCCGCCGCCACUUACUCCCGUCAUCAAAUUCAAAAAACCGGCCAAACCGCCGCCAUCUGUUUCUCCUAAUACAAAUCUUCGGAAUCACCGGAAAAAAAUCCAACAGAUGGUUAACUCUCCUAUUAAGCAUUUGGGUCUUACAGAUGAAGAUCUUCCUUGGAGUCCGGCCUUCAAUAUUCAGGAUGAAACAUUCACACCCAACGAUAAUUUUCAUGCCAGCUUCGACGUUUUCGCAGACUCGGCCAUUGAGAAUGCUUCUACCCCUGCAUGUGGCUCGCCAGAAAAGCGCUCUGUUAAGCGUGCUCGCGCUGAUGGAGGAGCCGGUGGAACUGCCCUUGCUGAUAUCACUGCUAUCAAUGUGAACAGUCGGACGGGCUUGCCCUCUUUGACUUCGAACAAAUCCAAGGCCCUUCUAUUUCCUGAGUCCCCGUCGAAGAUGCCUGAUUCUAGUCGCUUCAUCGACGCUACCCAUGACGAUUUCUUUUCAUUUCAUCUUUUUGACGAGAGUCCUGGUGAAGUGGAUGGUGUAGAUCUUUUACAAGGAUUCCAGAAGAUCGGCGGUCAAACCAAAGAGGAGCCUGCAAAACCUAAAGCGCCUGCAUCAAGACCACACCUUAACCACCGGAGCAACACGUCUUUAUUCUGA